AUGUCUAAGUUGCCUGAAUUGAAGGAAACACUCAAUAAAUACAAGAACAAAAACUACAAUUGGACUCGUACAUCUCCCCUUUUUAUUAUUCCAAUUGCUGAUGCAGCAGUCAGUUUUUGUGUGUUCGAAGACGACAAAGAGCAACAAAUCAUUCUCAAAGUUGUAUCGACAAGAGAACAGAAGAGAGAAGGAAGCGAAGUUAAUCCCGUUGACAGUAAGAAGGCGAGAACAACCUAA